AUGUACUUUGUGACCGGUGGAGAUCUGGACUACUGGAAAUCGGCGCUCCAGGAACCUGUUCCAGUUUCCACAGGUGACUGGCUGUCUGAAAUUGCCUUGUGGGUGCAGUGGAGGCACUGUGGAACUCUCUCUGCCAAGUGUGCCAGUGAUGCCUGGGCACCCAGACAUGAUCAGACAUGA